CGCCCCGCGCUAGCGACGGGGGGCGGAGCCUCGGGGGGAGACGCCGGGUCCCGGGCUGACCUUCUGACGCGUUUCCCAUGGCUGACUCCGCCGGGCCGCGCUCGCCCGGCCUCAAGGCUCGGACGCCCCGCGCUUCCCGAAACGCCUCAGGUGCUAAACAGACGAAUGCUUUAAAACAAGAAGAUGCUUCUAAAAGGAAAGCAGAACUAGAAGCAGCUGUGAGAAAGAAGAUUGAAUUUGAGAGAAAAGCUCUUCAUAUUGUUGAACAGCUUUUAGAAGAGGAUAUUACAGAAGAAUUCCUAAGGGAAUGUGGGAAGUUCAUCACACCUGCUCACUACAGCGAUGUCGUGGAUGAGCGUUCUAUUAUCAAACUCUGCGGUUAUCCUUUAUGUCAGAAGAAACUAGGAAUUGUACCAAAACAGAAAUAUAAAAUUUCUACCAAAACCAAUAAAGUCUAUGAUAUUACUGAAAGAAAGUGCUUUUGCAGCAACUUUUGUUACAAAGCAUCUAAGUUUUUUGAAGCACAAAUUCCUAAAACUCCAGUAUGGGUUCGAGAAGAGGAAAGGCAUCCUGAUUUUCAGUUACUACAGGAAGGACAAAGUGGCCAUUCUGGAAAGGAAGUACAGCUAUGCACUAAGGCCAUUAAAACAUCAGAUAUUGACAAUCCUGGCCAUUUUGAGAAGCAUUAUGAAUCUGGUUCUUCCAGCUCUCAUAGUGAUAAUAGCAGUGAUAAUGAACAAGACUUUGUUUCCUCCAUUCUACCAGGAAACAGACCAACUGCAACGGGUAUAAGUCCACAGCUGCACAAAAAAAGCAUAAUGAAAAAGAAAGCUGGUCAGAAAGCUAACUCCAAACAUGAAGACAAAGAAGAGACGGUAAUAGAUGUCACUGAGCAGCUAGGCAAGUGCAGAUUAGAUAGUCAUGGGAAGGCUGCUGCUUGUGAACUUCCUUUACAGAAAGUAAGUCCUCAGAUUUCUUCAAAUAGUCCUUUGCAAGAAAAAUUAGAAGCUACAGAAAAUUCUGAAAAUAAAUACAGUAGUUCAAAAAUAACUCUAGUAGGCAUAAGUAAGAAAAGUGCUGAGCAUUUUAAGAGAAAAUUUGCCAAAUCAAAGCAAGAUUCUAGGCCAGCCUCUAGUUCAGUGCAGAUGUGUCCUGAAGUUGCAAAGGCAAACUUACUUAAAGUCCUGAAGGAGACUUUGAUUGAGUGGAAGACAGAAGAAACUUUGAGGUUUUUGUAUGGCCAGAAUUAUGCUGCUUUGUGUCUGAAACUUUCUUCAGCCCCUCUGGUUAAAGAAGAAGAACUUGAUGAAGAUGACAUACACUCUGACCUAGAUAGGCAUUUCCCUGCCUUUCAGGAAUCUCAGAACAGCUUGGAUGAGUCUUUACCUUUUAGGGCCUCAGAUACAGCCAUUAAACCACUGCCAAGUUAUGAGAACUUGAAAAAAGAAACUGAAACAUUAAAUCUGAGGAUAAGGGAGUUUUAUAGAGGACGAUAUGUUUUGAGUGAAGAAACCAUCAAAUCACAAGACUCAGAAGAGCAUGAUCCCACCUUUCCACUGAUAGAUUCAAGUUCUCAGAACCAGAUUAGAAAACGCAUCGUACUGGAAAAGUUGAGUAAAGUAGUGCCUGGACUUUUGGGGCCUCUUCAAAUCACAUUAGGAGAUAUUUAUACACAACUUAAAAAUCUCGUCCGAACUUUCAGAUUAACAAAUAGAAAUAUUAUACACAAACCUGUGGAGUGGACCUUAAUUGCUAUGGUGUUGCUGUCAUUCCCUCACAGUAUGUUGUUGUUCCUCAUAUGGACGUUUUUAAUUACAACUGACCCCAAUUCUUGGCAUUCAGAAGCAUUCUCGGGAAAAUGUGGUGUUUACACAGUUUAUAGAGACUUUGCUUGAAGAAUUACACUUAAAGAAUGAAGACCUUGAAAGCUUAACUGUCAUAUUUAAAACCAGCUGUUAACCGGAGUGGUAUAAUCCAUGAAGACCAAAUAGAAGGUAGACUUCUAUUCAUCAUUUCUGGAAUUCUACCUACAAUAAUGUUCCAGUGGUGACUGUUAACUAGCUUUGUUCCAAGAAAGACCUUUACCUCCUUAGAUUUCAGCCCCCUGCUUCCCAGUCCCUAACUGUACAGUGACUUCCCCUUGAUUGAGGAGAACCAUUAUUCCAACCAGGAUAACCAAGUCCCUGUAUUCCCUAGCAUUAAGACAUAGUAUUUUUAUUUACUUGAAAAUGAAAAUUGAAGUCUUAAGUUGAAACUUUAAUUUUAAUGACCUCAUUUUUUUCUGGAUGAUUGCAACCAUCAUAUCAGUUGACAGAAACAUUUAAGAACAUUCCUAUUUUGGCCUUGUACUCUAAACUCUAGAUUCUAAGCAGCCAGAAAGAGGUCAACAAAUACAACCUAAAAUGAAGCCCUUUGGAAGUCUAGUCAUUAUUCUUUUAAAGAAACUGUUAUAAAAUGGUCCUGAGCAAUGUAGUUUAUUGUAGAAGUCCAAAACAGGAGUAUCCCAGAAUUUUCUGGACUCAAAGAAAUAAACUAUAGUUUGUUUUCAAAAGAGACAAUUAUUAGCAUUUACACAUUCAAACACUUACUAAAUUUAACAAAAGUACAAGA